AACGCCACCAUCACAAACACUACAGCAACAACAUUACAAACAUCGAAACAAGUUGUAAUAAUUACACAGCCGCAUUUUCUGUAUGUUUAGUGAAGGGCAUGUCUCUAUUCUAGGCCUUCUUUUCUUCAUCGCACUCAAAGGCGAUAUCUCUGUGGAGGAAUACUGAUCUGAUAUUGGAUGGUACUGACAGCAGUGGACAGUCUGUGUCUUUUGGUCAUUUAUGGACACUCUCGAGUCUGUGAGUAAGACUGAUAUGAGAACAUAAGACUAAGAGCAGUGGCCAGUGCAAGAAUUUACGAAGAGUCCUGACGUCUGUGGGAAACAGAUGUGAGUAACAGAGAGAAAUAUUCACAGUAAAAGACAAUAGGGAGAGCGGAGACGAGUUGUGGCAUUAAUGAACACUCCUGACAUCAAUACAUUACAUGACCACCUGAAGUGUAUGGACGGUGCUCUUCGUCGGUGAAAGAAUUCUCUUCGCUACUCUCUAACACAUUUUCACUCUCUUUCCCUUUCUCUCCUUAUAUAUUAAAUUUCACGUCUUUUUCUUUAAUCUCUCUCCCCCUCUCUUUCUCUCUCUCUUCCAUACUUUUUCUUUCCCCUCUGAUAAUCUUAGCGCCAAGAAUGUCUCAGUUACCAUUUACUCGUCCAACUGCAAUAAGAGUGCUGCUGUUAACCCUUACAACAAUCUUGGUUGUUACCUCAGAUCAGGAAUUUGAUUAUGCUUACUACAAACGUUUGGGACCUGGUUAUUCCUAUGGUUAUCUUCAGACACCUCCAACACAACAAUUCUCCACCGUAUCAAGUGCACUGGAAUGUGCCAGCAUCGCUCUAAACAGCCAAUCAGAAUUCAUUACUUACAACAACGUCAGCCAUGUUUGUAAGAAUUACUCACCGAAAAAUCUAAUGACAGUCGUCAGCACGAAUGACAGCAACGAGAUUUCCUUCUAUAGAAAUACCCAAUGGAUUAAAGUAUAUGCCUUGUCAAUGGGAGCUGGUUCGAAAGUCUAUGAUUCAUUUGCGAAUAAAGGAAGUCCUUCAUCAUGGAAUGUGGAGAAAUGCAUUGGUACCUUCUGUCCUAACUUCUUCCGACAUCCUAUCCUUGAUGUCUGGAGUCAUCUUCCAAUUGAUGAGGCGAAACUGGUGAUUUAUGAAAACCAAACUGCUGUAGUUAAUAUGGUGUUCGAUGGACGAAAUACAACCCUUGAGAGCUGGUUCUCUCUUGAAACGCUGAAAAGUUCCCCUUGGCCCGACCUACAUCAACAACCUGUCAAUAUCUUCUCACUUUUUGGAGCUGCUAUUCGUCGUUUCUAUGUGUCAUCUGAAUAUGGAGGCUGUGUUGGAGAUUGGGGUUGGAUGUUAAUCGCCGAAGCCAGGCAUAUGUGUUAUUAUGAGCAACUCAGUAGUUAUCCUCAACUUCUCUACUCUAAACGAAAUUCGAGAACCCUAUGGGAUAGCAAUCAGGGAAAAGGUGAUUCCAUUGCCAUCUUUAUCCGCUUAAAACCUAGUUAACCAAUCAAAAGAUCGCCAGUUACGAAGUCCAUGCCUACAAGGUGACCGCUACCUUUGACUAUUUAUCAAAUAUUAUAAGUUAAUGAAAACCUCACAAUAUCCAUUGGUCCUAUACCGUGAUUCUCUUCCUCGCUUAUUUCUCAUUGUUGUUCUUUUUGUCGUACAU